AUGUCGAACUUCAAAAGGACGGCGGGCCCGCCGCCCAGCAACAGCAUCCUCCGCACCCUUCAAGCCACCGAGAUGAUCGACUCGAAACCCACCUUACCAGCCGAACUCCUCGUCGCCAUCCUCGACUACCUCCCCGUCCGGGACCAGCUCCGCUUCGCCCGCACCUCGCGCCGCAUGCGCGAGAUGGUCUACGAUGAUACCCGCUGGGUCGCCCGCCUGAAGAGCAUGGGCUGUUGGAACGAGACGGAGGCCCGCCGCCGCUUCGAGGAGGCCAUGCGGCGCCGGGCGGAGGGCGCCGAGAGGGCCGCCGCCGCCGGCCAGGCGCGGGUCGGCGCCCCGGGCCAGAAGCCCGUGGCCGGAGCAGGCGUUCUUGCCGCCGGUGGUGGUGGAGGCGGGACGACGACGACGACGCUGUUCGACGCGUCGGUCGAGGAGGAGAAGCUGAAACGCCAGGUCGUAGACGGGUUCGAGGUCAUGGGCCUGGGCGGCGUGCCGGACCAGGCGAGCCAGGAGCGGGGGCAGCAGAAGCCGCCGCCGACGGAUCCGUUCCAGGACCCGGACGCGCUGCUGGGGGUCAUCGAGAACGCGAGGAGCGUCAGGGGCCACGCGCGGGAGGAGUACGGGAAGAUCUACGGGGCGCUGGGGCCGUUCUACUUCGACCUCGCGCAGGCGACCAGCCACACCGACCCGAUCCUCUUCAAGGUGUUCCGGGACCCCGACCGGCAGGCGCGGAUGCUGGCCAACCUGCAGGCGUUCGCCCGGAGCGACUGGGCGCAGGGGUGGCAGCGGCGGGAGGAGAAGCUGCUGGCCAUGACGGGCAUCUUCGAGGGCGCCGUGCUGCGCGAGUUUGAGCAGGGCUACGAGUUCUGGGACGUGGACGGCCGGAUGCGCAAGUACGCCCACGUGCUGGACCUGCUCAACGGCGGCGGCGCGGCCGUCGAGCUCUUCAUCCACAAGCACCCCAUCUUCUCGGACCGCGAGGUGCUCGCGAACUCGAUGGACUGCAUCAACCAGGCGCCCGCCGACGACGUGGUCCUGGAGCCGUCGAGCCUGUUCUUCGACGUGCUGGCGCGAAAGGUCAACGAGCAGGGCGAUAUCCUGGGGCGGAUAUUUCCCCGUCCCGCUCCCGUGUUUUGGGCCCUGGUCGACAAGGUGCGGGAAGACAUCAUCAUGGAGUACACGACGCCCCUCUUCGACGAGACCCACGAGCGCAGCUUGCUCAGCUACCUGAAGGCCGUGUCAGGCAUCUUUGAGCAGGCACUACAGUUCUUUAGGGCGCUCGUGCCGCCGAAGGGGACAACGGAGACGUUGGAGGAUAAGGCGAGAGAGAUGGCCCUGAAGAUCUUCGAACCGCACCUAGAUCUGUACUUGCAGGAGGAGCUAGAUUGGUUCUUAAGGCAGGCGGAAAGCGAGGUUAGCAGCUGGGACAAGCAGCUGUCUGAGCAGGACGCCAGUGUCGAGUCUUUCUACAUGGCAAGCUUCAAUCGCCAAGCAGACAAGAAGGACUUCUUGAGCUCGUUCAAGAAGGUCAUCAUGAUGCCGGUGACCGUCCUCCCGACCUCUCUGGGUCUGCCGCUCUCCUCGCCAUUUGGCGCCAGUACGAAGCCGCCAGCCCCGGCUUCGACCAACGGAUCGAGCCUGCAAGCAGCUUCCGCCCAACCCUCGAGGCCCCAGACACCAGGGAACGUCGGGAGUUCGUUGGAAAGGAAAGGCAGUCCACUACCGGAAAAGGCGCCGACGGACGAGCUAGCUGCAAAGGCCGCGCUGAUGACUUCCCGGUUGGAGGGAAUCAAGUCCCUGUUCAGCCUGGAAGUGGCGCUCAGCCUCGUCCACGCAGCGAAGUCAAGCCUCGGCAGGGCGGCAGUCUUCAUCUGGCUCGGCGGACAAGCCGGGGGCGAGGCGAGAGAGCAGUGCGAGAGCAUCUUCGUGAACCUCCUGCGCAUCCUGGGCAACAGGCACGUCAAGCCCGGCUUUGACAAGGCGGUGGACCACCUGUCGCACUACAACCCGCGCGAGGCCAUCGACCACAACCAGAGCGGCGUGGCCCCGCUAGUCACCUUCAUCGAGCUGGUCAACGUGGGCGACCUGAUCUCGCAGAUGAUCGACGUCUUCUUCGAGCAGCAGCUAGCGGGGCCCAAGAUCGCCGACCGCAACGACUUCCUCGACCCCGCGGGGCUCGCCAAGAAGAAGUUUGAGCAGAUGCUCGACGAGAGCGUCGCCGCCGGCCUCAACAAGGGCAUCGACGUGCUCAUGGACGAGGUCGAGUAUGUCUUUGGCACCACCCAGCUGCCCACCGACUACAACCCCGCGGCCGCGGCGCCCGAGAAGGGGAGUGCCUUCGGCGGCGGUAGCGCCUUCACCGACCAGGGCAUCGGCCCCACGCCGGCGGCCAAGCGCGUCACGGAGCUGGUCUCGUCGCACACGCGCAUGCUGGUCGGCAGCACGGAGAAGUCGAUGCUGGACGUAUUCAACGGCGAGGUGGGCCUCCGGCUGUUCACGGCCGUGUGCAAGCACCUCAAGCGGCAGCGGGUGAGCACCGAGGGGGCCAUCAAGCUGAUCGCCGACAUGAACCUGUACUUUGAGUACGUGCGCACGCUGCGCAACCCGGACCUGCUCGCCUACUUCAAGGCCCUCAGGGAGCUCAGCCAGAUCUACCUCAUCGCGCCGGGGCACGCAAAGGACAUGGCCACCAUCAUCGCCGACGGGGACCGCUUCGGCGGCGUCUUCCGCGCCGAGGAGGUGUACGAGUUCGCCGAGCGGAGGGCCGACUGGUAUCACGUCCGGAAGGCUGUCGAGAGGGCCAUGUACGGGCUGGAGUGCAGUCUGAUGUGA